UGCUCAUCUGACUUUUCUCUAAGACAAAUUUUUAAAAAUCAGACCUCAAAAAUAGUAUUUAUUUAGAGUCAUGUAGAUCUCAAGAGAAAGGUGAACUCCCAACUUCAAACAAGUUCAAAGUCAUGCUCUCUUGGGGAGUCAUCUGUCUAUAUCCUUGUAUUUUGAUGUUAAGAUUUUUAGCAGGAUGCCAACUGCCUCAUCAUAUCUAUCAGUCAACCAAUCGUAUGCUUGUGUCGUAUCACAUUCUGUAGGAACAGCAGGGCUGGAUCGCCAGAAUGAACAGGAACUUUAAGCUUCCAGUUUAACCAGGGUCACCUGUACUAACUGAACCAAAAUCAAGAAUAAAGAGUGAAAGAUGCAUGCUAGCAUAAUUAUAGUCUGUUUAUAUUAGUUAUACUUAAUGGUUAUAUUCUUCAAUAGAACUCUGGCAGUGUCAUCAAACUAAAUGGCCAACUUGAAGACUGGCAUGUCUCUUUAUAACAUGAAAAUUUAGGUAAUAAACAACAAAAUGUAUUUCUUUUUUAUCAAGGAUGUGCAUUUUCUUUUUGCAGUUCACUUUUCUCAUACCGUUACUUACUAAGAACAGCAGGCGGAAUACUGGCUCCUAAAGCGUGCCUUCUGACACCUGCCGACACUCAUUCAGCUGUGAGACCCAUUCAGGGCUUGUGACUUACAGAACCAUAAGAUACUAAGUCUGUGCAGUCGUGAGCCACUACGUUUGUAGUAAUUUGUUACAGCAGCCAAGCAAACUACGAUACUGAGCAACCCUAUUUUUUUUCCAGAAGACUCUAUCACUGAAACUGCAUUAACAAAAAAAAGUUAAACUUUGCAGACUUUUACUAAGGCACUGUCUAUUCAUUCACUCAUUCAUUUAUUAAUUUUCAGGAGGUGAUCCAUAGCAGCCAGGUCGACAUUUCAAGAAGCAGCCAGGAAAUGGAAAGAAAUGAACAAGAAUCUUCCAAAACAAACAAAAUUGAUGUUGUUGGAACAGAAACGGUCUCUCAUCUUGAAAAGCACACUGAGGAAAUAAAUCAAGCUUCUCAGAUCCAUCAAUAUGUUCAAGAAACAGUCAUUGAUACACCUGAGGAUGAAGACAUUCCGAAGAUUUCGGUUAAGAUUUUAAAAGAGCAAUUUGAAAAGUUUGCUCAGGAAAAGACCCUUUAUUCUGACAAAGAGACAGCCCCAGCCAAGCAGAUUAAUAAGAUUGGAAGUGACUAUGAAGAGACUCUUAACCCAUCAUCCAUUGUGGGUACCUCUUCGACUUCUUGUACUCCAAUCAGCCAGAGGAAGGAAACAUCGACCAGACGAUCUAGUGACCACAGGGCCACCUCCUCAACACUGGUGCAAGAUAAUACCGUUCCUUCAGGAGGCACAGAAGAAUUUCCUCCUCCCCCACCCAGCAGCCUUCAAACUCCAAUAGAUGUGAUGGCAUUUUCCCAGUCCCCUGAAUUCCCCAGCCCUCCUAGAAUGCCACCAGUCUCCAAAGAAUUAUGUUCUAAACAAAGAAAUUUGUAUGAGCUAAACCAUUUAUAUAAACAUAUUCAUCCGGAGUUAAGGAAGAACUUAGAAAAAGAUUAUAUCAGUCAGGUUUCUGAGAUUGUUUCUAGUCAAGUGAAUCCAAGCAGCUCAGUUUCUGCAGAUGUUCAGCAAGCCCGGUAUGUUUUUGAAAACACAAAUAUCAGUUGUCCAAAAGGCCUGAACUCAGAAAGAGAACAUUUGGAGUGUAAUGAGAUUCUGAAGGGGGAGGUGCAGUCCAUGAGGUGGAUUUUUGAAAAUCAGCCAUUAGAUGCCAUCAACAAUGGCUCUCCAGAGGAAGGUAACAUCUCCAAGGGCAUUGCUGAUCAAGAAAUCAUUGCUGUUGGUGAUGUGAAAUAUACCACAUGGAUGUUUGAAACACAACCCAUAGAUAUGCUGGGGGAUCAUUCUUCUGGUACUGAAGAAAAUGCUGAGAAAAUUCCUGAGCUAGCCAGAGGAGAUGUUUGUACAGCCAGAUGGAUGUUUGAAACAAAGCCAUUAGAUUCAAUGAAUAAAAUGCAUCCAAGUCAAGAAGAACCAGGGGUAUCUUCCAUAAAGGAUAUAAUUGGCGGGGAUGUCAAGACUGUGAGAUACAUGUUUGAAACUCUACAUCUGGAUCAACUUGGACAGUUUCAUACAGUGGAUCAGGUUCACUUACUGCAGCUCAGGUCUGAGCUCCAAGAAAUUAAGGGAAAUGUUAAGCAAACCAUAAAAUGUUUUGAAACUCAACCAUUCUGUGUUAUUAGAGAUGGUUUAGGUCAAACACUAGAAAUUAAAACUGUUCACAGAGAAGAUGUUGAAAAGGGGGAUGUGAGAACAGCACAAGGGCUUGAAACACAGCCCUUGGACACAAUCAAUAAGGAUAUCACAGAAAUUAAAGUCAUCCAAGAAAUAUCCAUGGAAGAAAAGGUCAAAGGUGGGGUGAGCAGGGCAAAGUGGUUGUUUGAAACUCAGCCUUUGGAGAAAAUCAAAGAGUCAGAAAAGGACAUGAUUGAGAAGGAAACAAUUAUGGGUACAGAUGUCUCCAGAAAGUGUUGGAUGUUUGAAGCACAGCCAUCAGACAUUCUAAAGGAAGUUCCUGACGCAUAUCCUGUAAGAUCUGAAGAGAUACUAGGGGGCGAUGUACAAACUACCAAGCGUCUAUUUGAAACACUUCCAAUAGAAGCUUUAAAAGAUAGCCCUGAUGUAGGUAAACUUCAAAAAAUUACCACCUUUGAAGAAGAAAAGGGGGAUGUUAGGCACCAAAAGUGGAUUUUCGAAACCCAACCUCUGGAAGAGAUUAGAGAAGAUAAAAAAGAGUAUAUACGAACAGUGAAACUUGAAGAGGUUGACAGAGGAGAUGUCAGGAAUUACACAAAUACCUUUGAGUCAAACAAUUUAAUUAAAUUUGAUGCAUCACAUAAGAUAGAGGUGAAAGGAGUCACAAGAGGUGCUGUAGAAUUAAAUAAAUCACUCUUUGAAACAACACCAUUACAUGCUAUUCAAGAUCACCUUGGAAAAUGUCAUCAGGUAAAGACAGUCCAGCAAGAACAAAUCCUAAGAGGUGAUGUAGGAAGCUGCAGGUGGCUUUUUGAAACAAGGCCCAUUGACCAGUUUGAUGAAAGCAUUCAUAACUUUCAAAUAAUCAGAGGAAUAUCUGCUCAGGACAUACAGACUGGAAAUGUGAAAUCUGCUAAGUGGUUGUUUAAAACCCAACCUCUUGAUUCAAUUAAAUAUUUUAGUAAUAUGGAAGUAGAAAGUAAAAUUGAACAAGCUACAGAUAUCAUUAAAGGGGAUGUCAAAACCUGUAGAUGGCUUUUUGAAACCCAGCCAAUGGAGUCUCUUUAUGAAAAAGUCUCAUUAAUGACAGACAGUGAAGAAAUUCCUAAGGGAGAAGUCAAAGCCUGUACUUGGCUCUUCGAAACUCGGCCCUUCGAUACCAUAAAAGAUGACUCUGAAGAAACAGUCAAAUCACAAGCUGUAAAACAGGAGGAGAUCCAUGGUGCAGAUGUUUGUUCAGCGUGUUUUCUUUUUGAGACAGAAAAUCUGGACAGCAUACAAGGAGAAGAAGGAAAGGAAAUCAAGGCUGUGGAAGUAGAUAUCCAAGCUGGGGAUGUCUCCAGCAUGUGGCGUAAAUUUGAAAAUCAGUCCUUAGACUCUAUCAGGUCCUCAGAGGAAGUGUUGAAAAAGAUUACAUCUCCUGCAACACUUUGUUGCCAAAUUAAGAUAGAAACUCGUCGUAGGGACUCUCCACCUAAAAUCACAAUACCGAUAAGUGAAAAUCAUGUUGACAGUAGUUCCUUCAAAGAAUCCAUGGAAGCUCAAGAGGAAGUUAGGAAAGUAGGGAAAAGGGCACUUACAUCCACAAAGACAGAAUAAGUUCCUCUGGGUGUAUAGGGCCAGAUACCGAAUGUUCUGAUGCAGUUGAAAUCAUCCACAAAGUUGAAGGGCCCCUCAGGUCAGAGCACACACAGAGAUAGGAAGCAGCCAACCAAACUGUUCAAAUGGCUGAAAAUU